AUGGACACCACCUCCACCCACUGGCAGCAAGGCAUCCUGGGUAACGACAGUCUCCACCUCCACCUCGACCGGCCGGGGUUCCACUCUGACAUCACCAAGCAUGUAGGAGUCCAGGCUGCUCUGAUCACAGCGUAUAGUCUGAUCAUCCUACUGGGCCUGGUAGGCAACGCCCUAGUCAUCUACGUGAUCAUCCACUUCCGGAACAUGAGGACAGUCACCAACUUCUUCAUAGCUAACCUAGCCCUGGCCGACCUGUUGGUGGAUACGUUGUGUUUACCGUUCACACUGGUUUAUACAUUGCUCGACGAGUGGAAGUUCGGCGCGGUGCUGUGUCACAUGGUCCCGUUCGCCCAGGCGCUGUGCGUGCACGUAUCGAUCCUGAUGCUGGCCGUCAUCGCUCUGGAGCGCUACAGGUGUAUCGUGUUUCACCUGGGCCAGCGCCUCACCUGGCGAAGCAGCCUGUUCAUCAUGGCUCUCACCUGGACGCUGUCCGCCAUGCUGGCCGGCCCGCUCGCCAUCUUCAGAGAGUACCGUCAGGAGGAGAUCCCGUCCAUCAACCUGAGCAUCUCAGUCUGCUAUGAGAAGUGGCCCCACGGCAGCAGCAGAGAUGGAGUCAUCUACAGCCUGUCUAUGUUACUGCUGCAGUACGUCCUGCCACUAUCCAUCAUCAGUUACGCCUACAUCUGCAUCUGGGUGAAGCUGAAGAACCACGUGAGUCCAUCGAGCCGCAUCAACGCCGUCCAGCGCAGGAAGAAGACCACCAAGAUGCUGGUUAUGGUGGUCGUAGUCUUCGCCACAUGCUGGCUGCCCUUCCACGUGUUUCAACUAGCCAGCGACCUAGACCUGGUGCUCAGCUUAAGACAAUACAAGCUCAUCUAUACUCUCUUCCACAUCAUAGCCAUGUGCUCCACCUUCACCAACCCGCUCCUGUACGGCUGGAUGAAUGAGAACUACAGGAAUGGGUUCCUCAUGGUGUUCAGGUGUGAGGAUAAACCAGACAGUAUUCACCCUGAGGGAUCCUUCAGGACCCGGUCACUACGGAGGAUGUCUCUGAACGGAGGACACCCUCCUACUGCCGUCUGA